UUUCUCUUGGGUUUUGAUUACAUUAUGUCAGCUUGACCCCAUACUUCUUUUGAAUAAACAUCUCACACUCCCUCAGUGCACACAUGUAGCCUAGAGAGAGACAACUAGAUCUGCAAAGACUCUUCAGCCCAAGCAAGGGACUGCUCCACACAAACUCUGCCCCAAACACAGCAGUCACUCACUGCCUGAAUCACAUGGCUAAAAGAAUGCCAUCCCAGCUACUAAUGGCAAUCAAGAGGUAGACAUUGGCUUAAAAGCUAGGCAAUUGCACCUACCUAAACCCAACAUGCCACAAUCCUGUCUUUUUAUGUGUGCAUUUUCAUAUUAAUGCCUGUGUAACUCAGGGAACCAAAUUAACUGUGAACAAAUGCAGUUAAAUCUGCCAGAUCACUCUGAGCUAGAUUCCUGUGUGCUUGUACAAGUAUCCAUAAAAGCACAAGGGCAGCACAGGACAAAACAGACAAGAACAAAGCAUAAUACAAAGUCUGGAUUACCUGAUCUUCUCCUGCCUUAGAACUGCAGGGACCAGCUUCAAAUAAAUCAUUCUGCGACUGAUGUGUAGUUCUUACAGACAAAUGAAUCAUACAUAAGCACUCAGCCUGCCUAUGGCCUACAUUACAAAUGAGGAUGGGACUGAGUCCCUCAAUGAAUCACUUCCCCUUUCCUUACCCAUUUUAGUUUAAGUCCACCUUAACAAGCCUAAUUCAGCGUGCAAGUGGAAUGAAACUCCAUUGCUCAGUGAAAAUUCCAAAGCAAGUUUAUUUGUGAGUUGUUUUUUUUUCCCCUCUAGUCCCUAAACAGGGCAAUGUUGUGAGCAUAAACCGCAGAAGACAUUGACUUUUCAGUAACACAUUGAAAACAUCAAGCUGGAAUAAGAUGGAAGGAACCUUAAAGCUCAUCUAGUCUCAACCUCCUGCUGUAGACAGGAUUGCCACUCACUAGAUCAGGCUGACCAGAGCCCCACCCAACCUGGCCUUGAACAUCUCUAUGGAUAGGGCAUCCACUACUUCUCUGGACAGCCUCUACUCUACCUCACUACUCUGAGUAAAGAAUUUCCUCCUUAUAUCUAAUCUAAGUCUCUCCUCCUUCAGUUUGAUACCAUUCCCCCUCUCCUAUUGCUAUCUGUUCAUGUUAGAAGUCAAUCUUCCUCCUGUGGAUGGUAUUAAUAGGACAAGGAGAAUGGUAUUAACUGCACAGGUUAAUUGUUUGCACCUGUGCUUCCUGGGCCAGCCAUACCACUGUACCAGGUGUCCAAUCAUCAGUUCAGACCACAACCUAACAGUUUCCCCUACAAGUAUUUUCCACAAGACCAACAAAAAAUGAUUGUAUGUUAAAGACUCUCUAUUGAUAGAUGCUGUAUGGGAACUGUUUGAGUCACGGCCUGAAUCACUGAUUGAUCACGUGAGGCAAGAACUCAGUAAGCCAUGGGAGCACAGGUGAAGGCAAUUCACCUGUGUGAUCAGAAGGGCUGGAGCCUGGCUCCACCCCUCCUAGACCCCAUUUAAGGUCUGACUGGCCCUGGAGAAGGACCUCUUUCCAGAGAUUCUACCUUUUUGGAGUUUUCCACUACAAGCCUAGGAUAUGGGAUUUCAUCAAAAGGGAAAAUGUACCUGAGUUAAUAAAUCUACUGCUGACUUCAUCUUCACGACUAUUUAAAGCAGCUUAGCACGAACAGCAUGUUUUCCAGAAAAGGCUUCCAUCUCCCUCCUCAGCUCCUGCCUGAUUUCCUAUCCCUGGCUCCUGGAAUCACAGCCCAGCGGGAGCCGACACACACUUGUUCAAGGGAGCACUUUUCAUCAGUCGUCUUAAGAAGGCAGUAAGAUCAGCCUGAAACAUCAACAGAAAGAGGUGCACUUAGAGAAAAGGCAAUAGGGAGCUCAGAGACUGUUUCCCUGAGAGCAUUUCACUGUGCUAGCUUUCCAGUGUCUGACACCCAGGAUUCCCCAUGGUGCUUCAGCUCUCCAGCUGGCAAAGCAUCCAUCCUGUCACUGAAGUCCCUGCUGUGAAUCUCCAGACCUCACUUACAUCAGCGUGCAGCAGCAUCUGUGUUAGUGCUGUCUCAGCAGGCAAAUUCAAUUCUGAGAGCUGAACUCCCAAACUUUCUGUUUACUGAAGAGAAAGUGUUUGUGGUUGUAAAAGUGUGUGCUUUCCAAUGAAAUAAAUGGCUUUUUAAAUCUAGUUAAUUCUGGCAAUUCUUCCAUCGAGAGACACCUUCCUUCCCACCACGUGGACUUGAGGGAAGGAAGUGGAAUGAAACAGAAGCAAAGAAAGAAGGGACAGUAGCAUCUACAAAGGCAGCAAUCCUCGAAGCAAGUCAGUGUCAUGGGAGGGAUGAGAUAAACCCGGCGACCCCAUCCUGGUCAGUUACAGCCUUUAAAGAACAGGCAGCUGUGAUGUGGGAGCGGCAGGCUGCGAGCGGUCCCCCCACCUGUUACAGCGGACCGCAAGUACUAAAAUAACUCAUAGAACUGAAUCCCUUUUUCAAUAUACUUUUUUUCUUCUGCGAAGCGCCGCACCUGCUCUGACCCUUCUCCCGCACGGAGCGCAGCGGGCGGAGCUGGAAAGCGGGAGCCGCCCCUCAGCCGGCCGCCAUUUUGGGAAGCGCGGGGACGGGCCCGGCGCGCCCUCUGGCUCCCGCCUGCCCGCAGCCGAGGCGCAGCUCGACCGCCGGCAGAGCGUGCUGUCACCGGCCAUGAAGUCCGUCUUCGUCACCGUGGGCACUACCAGCUUCGACGAGCUGAUCGCGGCCGUUUCUUCCCCUGCGGCCGAGCAGGUGCUGCGGAGCCGCGGCUGCCGGCAGCUGGUGCUGCAGAUCGGGCGGGGCGCGCUGCAGCCCGCCCCUCAGCGCGGCCCGGCCUUCGUGCGGGAAGUGUUCCGCUUCAAGGAGUCGCUGGCUGAGGACCUGCGGAGCGCCGACCUGGUCAUAAGCCACGCAGGUGCAGGUAGCUGUUUGGAGACUCUAGAGGAAGGAAAGCCGCUGCUUGUGGUGAUAAAUGAGAAGCUGAUGAACAACCAUCAGCUGGAGCUGGCGCGUCAGCUCCACAAAGAUGGACACGUUCUCUAUUGUAACUGCAGCACACUCGUGGAGACACUGCAGUCAAUGGACUUGUCAACUUUGAAACCUUUUCCUCCUGGACAACCAGAAAAGUUUGCUUUGUUUUUGGAUAAACAAUUUGGGUUUGAAGUAAAUACUUCUAAAAGCAAAGAGGGUUUAAACUUCACAACGUCCGUGCGGGCUACUUGGUCUGUAGUGCGAGAGAACGGCGCGUGUACGCGGUGCUGGUGGCCCAUCCUAGCAGCACCUUGUUUGGUGGUUUUCUUGCUUUGCUUAAGACAAGCAAAACAAACUCCCGAACCGGCGCUUCCCGUGCCCGAGCGCAGCUCGCACUCGCAGUUACGAGCAGGUACAGGCGUUUCCCUAACGCGGUCCGCCGCGCAACCCCAGCAGGGGGCGGGCGGCAGCGGCGGCCCCCGCACGGAGCCGGGCACGAGAUCCCCGCGCUCGAGGCGGGCCCGACAGCGGGAGCGGCCGCACCUGGGCGCGCCGAACGUCGACCCUCAUUGGCGGCCGCCGCCGCCGCCCCCAGUGCUAUGCGAGGAGCCUCGGCCCCGCCGCCCUCCCGGCACGAUGCAGAAGGGCUGGAAGAAGUACUUCGGGCAGAAGUCGCUCAGCGAGGUGACCAUGGACGAGUACCUGGGCAGCCUCGGCCUGUACCGCAAGCUGACGGCCAAGGACGCCUCCUGCCUCUUCAGAGCCAUCUCGGAGCAGCUGUUUUUGUGCCAAAUUCAUCACAUGGAGGUGAGGAAAGCUUGCGUCUCGUUUAUGAGGCAAAACCAGCGUAACUUUGAAUCCUAUGUGGAGGGAUCAUUUGAGAAAUACCUUGAACGGCUGGGAGAUCCAAAGGAAAGUGCUGGCCAACUGGAAAUAAGUGCUUUAUCAGUGAUCUACAAUCGAGACUUUAUUCUGUACCGGUACCCUGGAAGGCCACCCACUUAUGCUACAGACAAUGGCUUUGAAGACAAGAUACUACUGUGCUGUUCUGGCAAUGGCCAUUAUGACUCUGUGUAUACAAAACAAUUUCAAGCAAAUGCUGCUAUUUGCCAGGCUGUGUUAUAUGAAAUCCUGUACAAAGAUGUGUUCCUCAUGGAUGAGGAAGAAUUAAGGACUGCAGUUGAAAUGUUUCGAAGUGGUUCCAAGAAGAACAAAAACAGUGGCUGUGUAGAAAGCGAGGAUACAAACUUCGAUUGUCUUCAUGAAAAAGUACCCAGAAAUCCAUCAGGAAAGAGAGGUGAUGACUGGGAAGGCAAUGAUACUGACAAUCCAGUGGAAGAUAAGUUCAGACAAGGCACUGAAGAAGCAAAGACUCCAGAAAAUUCCUCAAAAAUGCCUUUCCCCUACAAAGUGCUAAAGGCUCUGGACCCAGAGAUUUAUCGAAAUGUGGAAUUUGAUGUCUGGCUGGACAGCAGAAAAGAGCUUCAAAAAACUGACUACAUGGUGUUUGCGGGGAGACAGUACUAUUUAGGAGACAAGUGUCAGGUGCGUCUGGAUCCUGGAGGUAAGUAUUACAAUGCUCAUAUCCAGGAAGUUGGGCAGGAUGGCAACACGGUGACUGUUUUCAUUGAGGAGCUGGCAGAAAAGCAUACUGUUCCUUUGGCAAACCUAAAACCAGUGACACAAGUGGCACCUGUCCUUGCUUGGAAUGUGGUUCCCAGCCGAAAAGGAGGAAGCUAUCAGAAAGUAGCAGGUGGAUACUUCUCGGGAAUAGAAAUGGAUGUGAAAACACGGAAGAGAUUGCUUAAGAAAGUUCGUGGAAAGGAAGUCUUUAUGACAAUGGCUUAUAGUAGGGGUCAGCCAGUUCUCCCACCCCGGCUACAGCAUGGUGUUCCCUCAGGGCGCUCUCCUCCAGUUCACUGCUCACAGGGUGGUGGAAACAUGGCACCUUAUGGACCCUGUCAUCCUCAGCAUCCUCCCCAGAGGCAUAACCGUGGAUUUGGAAUGCCAAGGGGAUCUGCCCGAUUUAUAAACAGGCACAACAUGGUUGGCCCUCAAAUAGCAUUCUACCCCAGUCCAGGAAAAAGAUGCUAUCAGAGCUAUGACAGUUUCUCCCGCAGGUCACGUUCAUACAGCCGUAGCCGCCGUCAGAUGCAGUGUGUGAAUAAGGAAUGUCAGUAUGGGUUUGUACCGGAGAACGGAGAAGAGCCUCAAGGGUCAGAAGAAACAAUAACUUUCUAUGAAAUUGAAGAGGGGGAUGAAACUUCUUUUCCUGCCUUAGCAGGCCAGGGUAGCCCUACUGCAAUUGUCCACAGUCCAGCAGGUUUUUGGGUAGCUAGAAGAGGCCCCAACUCAGUUCCAGCCAACAAGCAGCCCUUGAGUCCAUCAGAGGAGGAUGUAGAAGAAACAAGUGAAAAUGGGAAGUUUCAUGAAGAAUAUCUGUACGCACCUCCAGAUCCAGACUGUGAAACGACAGCAGUAUUUAGUUCAGCAGAACCUACAGCAAAUUUGGAAGACGGGUCAGUGUCCGUGUCACCUCAAGAUGGAGUGGCUUCCUACAGCUAUCCCCAGAAGGUGAUGGUGAACUCUGCAGUAAUUGCUACCUCCACAGGUGUUAAUGCUGCUCCACCUACAGUCUUCUCUUCAAAUUCUGCCUCCACACAAGCCAGUGUCACAACAGCUGUUCCCCCACAAGCAGCAAUUCAACCAGUUCUAGUCUCUCCCACUUCUGUAGGGAGGCCAGUACCAGUUUCUUCACUGCCAUUCCCAAUUUAUUCCGCUCCUCUUCCUCCAGCUAAUGAGAUGGGAGAAGCUGGUGCCUUUCCUCCACCUUACUCUUGUGAUCCCAGUGGCAGUGAUCUGCCAAGAGAUACAAAGGUCUUGCAGUAUUAUUUUAAUCUGGGAUUGCAAUACUAUCACCAGAGUUACUGGCAUUCCAUGGUCUACGUACAGCCAGUACCACCAGCAUCAUCUGUGGAGGCUUAUCCAGCAUAUGCUGAGCCAGCUCAUGUCCUGGAUCAGUCAGUACCUCAGCUCUAUGAUGCUGGGCGAGCUGAGGUCCACCAGGUUCCCCUGGAUGCUGCUACAAAUGGUAACUUCCAAAAUGCAGAGCCUCCAGCCCUGUCCCAUGGCACGGUGUAUUACCCGGUGGUGUCAGACCCCUACAACCAGCCAUCUGCUCCAGGGUUUGACUCUUGCAUCUCUCUGGUACCUGCCUAUCACUGUAUUGGCUCGUGGCAUUCAUUAAAUCCACCAUAUGGAAAUUCUCCACGAGUUCCUAAUGCUGUAAGUUCUGGACAGCUGCACCAAGUCAGCUAUGUUGCCUCACCUAACCCUGCAACGCAUUAUGUGCAUCAAGGAAUGUAAGUCUGGGAGGGUGUAAGCUCACUUCUUGUACUUAGUUUUUCUCAUGUCUUUUUUCAUCAACUUACAUUGUUUUGUAAGUCUUUGUUUGUCUUAGUGGGCUGGGGUGACUGAUUAAAUUGUGUUCGAUUCCAUGUUUCUUUCCAGGUUUAUGCUAAUGAUAAUCAGCUUGACAGGAUGAAGUUUUGGUAGUUCAUCUAAGGCAGCAUAGGAGAGGCAUAUAUGUAAACUAUAGCGCAGGGGAACACUGUGUAUUCGACUACAUAAAAAAAAAUGUGUAAAAACAUACUGUCACUAAGGGAAAAUUGCAUUAUGUACCUGUGUGAGUACACUAUAACACUUAAACACAUGGCUCUUGUACAAGCACAGCUGCCAUUGCAACCACAGCAAAAAAUUGGGUGUGGAGUUUGUUGGAGGACAGAAUUGUUUGAAAUAAGUUGGUGUUCUCAGAUUUCACAAAACAAAACUUUUUUUGCUGUUGGUGAUCACAUAUUUUGUAAUAUGUGAUUUUGUUCUGUGUUGACUUCAUGUCUCUUAAAAGUGUAAGAUACUUCAACCUGUUCUACUAUAUAUCGUGUAUUUGUAAGAUACGUUUUGUGAAAGCUGUUGCACGAGUGGUGGUAGUUCUGGUGUCUAAUUUGCACUGAUAGCACAAAAUAAAAGCAUCUAACCCAUGGAAAUGCGUGGUUGUUCAUUACCAGCACUUUAUGUUCAUGACAGUAAGUCACCCAGUAGACAGCACUGAAGAAAUACUGUCAUGUUUGGGGUAAGGCUGCUCCUACCUCCAGUGGGAAAGCAUGGGCUUUUUCAGCAUGAGACUGCAGCAGCAAGCUCUGUUUCUGUCCUCCAUAGAACCUUGCACUGCAUGUGCAGAAUUAUUGUGUGGUGGCUGGCAGCUGGAGCCUGCUCACAGCCAAGGACAGGGUGGUGGCAUAGUCCUGUCUAGGGGUAACGAGCAGGAGCACAAGUGCAGGUUAGGAGAGCUUGGUACAGGGGUCCCAGGAAAAAGAGCAAAGUAAUCUUGUUUUCCAAGGCUUGAUUUUUCACAUGAAUUCAGUAUUUGGGUCUUGGAGCUGCCUUCUGAAACUCACGGCUGCCAGAUUUUGUAGCGAACUUGAGUUGUCAUAAUUGAAACACAGCCUGUGUGGGGGACAUAUGGUACAGAUAAGGAGGUGCUGUCAGUAGCUUCAGAAAGUGGCACAGUUGUUAUUUGGUGAAGUUGAAAGUAAUUGUGCGUGCCCCUGCUACUGUUCUGUGAAUUUAUACAGCUGAGAGGGGAUGAAAAGAGGAGUGACUGUGCUAAACAGAGGGAAGGAGUAUAUUUCCAUCACUAUACCUGUUAAGUAAACAUGGGUGGGACCAAAAACAGCAGGAAAAAGUCACUCCUUACAGUUUUAUUCUAGCCUGUAAAGACUCAU